CCGCCCGUUGGGGCGGGGCGGGCCCUAAGAUGGCGGCGUAGCGGCGGGGCCGCCAUGAAGCUGAUCAUCCAGGAGACCUACGCGCAGGCCAGCGAGUGGGCGGCCAAGUACAUCCGCAACCGCAUCGUCCACUUCGCGCCCGGCCCCGGCCGCUUCUUCACGCUGGGGCUGCCCACAGGCAGCACGCCGCUGGGAUGCUACCAGAAGCUGGUGGAGUACCACAAGAACGGGGACCUGUCCUUCAAGUACGUGAAGACCUUCAACAUGGACGAGUACGUGGGUCUCCCAAGGGAUCAUCCGGAAAGUUACCACUCCUUCAUGUGGAAUAACUUCUUUAAGCACAUUGACAUCUUGGCUGAAAACGUUCACAUUUUGGAUGGAAAUGCGGCUGAUCUACAGGCAGAGUGUGAUGCAUUUGAAGAUAAAAUCAAAGCAGCUGGAGGAAUUGAACUCUUCGUUGGAGGUAUUGGCCCGGAUGGUCACAUCGCCUUCAAUGAGCCCGGAUCAAGUUUGGUGUCCAGGACACGAGUGAAGACGUUGGCUAUGGACACUAUAUUGGCUAAUGCCAGGUUUUUUGACGGUGACCUCUCUAAAGUCCCCACGAUGGCGUUGACAGUCGGAGUAGGCACAGUCAUGGAUGCCAGAGAGGUGAUGAUUCUCAUCACAGGAGCCCACAAAGCUUUUGCUUUGUACAAAGCCAUCGAGGAAGGUGUCAACCACAUGUGGACAGUAUCUGCUUUCCAGCAGCACCCCAAAACUGUGUUUGUGUGUGAUGAAGAUGCCACACUGGAACUCAAAGUUAAGACGGUGAAAUACUUCAAAGGUUUAAUGCUGGUUCAUAACAAGCUUGUGGAACCCUUAUACAGCAUGAAGGAGACGGAAGCAGAAAGAAGCCAGUCUAAGAAGCCUUACAGCGAUUAAUCUCUCGCUGUUCAGAGUAAUGCUGAGCCAUCUUUUCUAUUGAAAACCAGCUGCAAAGAAAGGGAAUUGCUGCAGAAACUCAUCUUGUAUUUGUUCUUAAAAUAGCAAAAUGAUGAUGUACUUGCUUCUCUCCAUUAAAAAUGUAGAUGCCAAACACCUGCCUUAAUUAACCAAAUGAGGAUGUGAUCCUGUAUACUGUGUUCCACAAACUUACCACUAACAUUCUCUGAAGGUAAAAUCAAGGGAGAAUGAGUUGUUAAAUCAAUGGUGCAACUGUAAGCAUGUGGACUGAAGGCCUCAAAACUCAAAUGUGAAGAUGUGAAAAUACAGUGGGUAAUCACUUGGGAAUGUAGUCCUUGAAAUUCUGAUAAAUACACUGCAUCAUUCCCCCUCUACACAAUACUCCUAGAUUAUGAUUUAAAAUGGGAAUGGUUCUUGUUCAGCCUGGAGAAGGUGAAGUAUCAGGAGGACUCAACAGCAGCCUGCUUCGUAGCUGUGAGGUCGCCAAGAAGUAGGAACCAGGCACUCCUCCACAGUGCACAGGGGGAAGAUGGGAAGAGACAAGAGGGCAUGAGUUGAAACAAGAUGUUCGUUCACAUUGGAUAUAAGGAAAAAAAUUCCCUGCGAGGACAUUCCAAGCAGUGGGGCAGGUUAUGCAGAGAGGUGGUGCAGUCUCUGUCCUUAAGAGGUUUUCAAGACCAGACUGGAUACAGCCCUGGCUGAACCCCGCUUUGAGCUGGAUGUUGGACGUGAGACCACCCCCGCAAGAGGGAUGCUUCAAGCAGCAUUUACCAGUGCGGUGCCAUUAGUGCAGGUAACGGUGAGCUCAUGCAUCUGUUUGAUUUUAUUUGUUGCCACAACUCUAGAAGAAGCCUUACAUGUUCGGUUUCAGGGUAUAAUUUUAUAUGCACUGGUGCUUGAUCUAUGGCAGGGUAGAUCUGUUCACAUUAAGCGUAAAUGACUUCUGUUUGUGCUGCUCAGCACUCCAUCAUUUGUGUCAGCACAGAGCCUCAAGCAGUAAGUUCUCUCUCUCCUCUUCCUGUGCUUUACAUUGCUACAAGGAAAUGCCAAAUGAGCCUCAAAGGAAACAUUCUGUUCCCUCUGACCUCAGCCUGUGCUUAAUUACAGAAGCCCCACAGAGAUGGGAAACAGCCUGUACUGGCAAGACCCCGGCGUUCUGAAACUUGAUUCUCGGUUCUGAGAUGUUAAGUGCUCUCCUGUAAUGUAAGAUAAUCGGGGAAGGAUUUGUUUUCUUUAUGCAAAAAUUCUGUGACCUGUUAAUCUAUAACUUUCUACAGCAAAUACAUUAAUAUUUUCUAGCUGA